AUGGCUAAGCUGUCUUCUGUGGAGUUGUGGACUAUUUCCAAAUGUAAAAGAAUUGUAAGGCCACUUGUGUCAAAAAUCCACACUUUAAAUGAACAAUAUACCAGUUUCCCAUCUAUCUUAGACUUUGAUUUUGAUCAAUAUGAAUCAUUUGUCAAUACAGUUCCUAAUCCAUAUCCGGAAAGAUUACAUCCUAAAACGUCACAAGAUCGAAUUUACUCUUUAAAACCCUUCAUUUCUCCUGAAUUAUUCCAAUCAUAUAAGGAAUUGUUCCAGAUUUUCAAAACCAUUAUCAAUUCGAUCAUCGCACAUUCAGAACAACACUCAUCUUCUGGAUCUGAACGGGCCCCUGCUCUGCUCUCAACUCUAUGUGCUUUCAAGAUUGGUGAGUCUAUUGCUCAGUAUACUAAGACGUCGCACUAUAAACUCAGUAACUCUUUAUUAUUUGAUAAGAACUUGGAAACAGACAAUGAGUUCCUGGACGAUAUUGAUAAAUGGUUGGAGAUGGAACCACUACAUGUGACAACGCCAAAUAGGUCGGACUUGAUCGUAGGAUAUGUUAUCCAUUUGCUAGUAUUCUACCUGGAUUUGCUAUUCUAUACCCUUAUCCCAGUUUUGAUCCACUGGUUGGUGGAAGAGCUGACAAGAGCCCCACAAUUUCGAGCAAUUGCUGGUACAUUUUUCCAUGAAUUUUGGUAUAAGGAGAUAUCAACUAACGACCCAUUCCAAACUCUUUUGCCAUCACAACGCAUCUUCUAUUCGUACAUUCAGUCUGGUUAUUGGAGGGCUUUCAUUGAAGAUUUGGGUUUCAAACUGACUUAUUCCAGCCUGGAAGUAAAUUCAACGUACGAUGCCUUAAUUCUCGAAGGUCUACCCUUAAGUAAAGCCAUGGAUGAUCAUAAAGUACAAUUGCUUAUCUAUAAUAUCAUUCGAAAUUGCCCUCAAAAUAAGAUGGUUAACAAUAUCUUGAUAAACAUUCUUAGUCGUAUCAUUCAUAAAUACCGACAUAGAUUAGAAUAUAGUACUUCCUCACUAGAGAAGGGGAAAAGUAUCGAUGAACUUUAUACAUCUUGCAAGCAUUAUGUCCGAACAUGGUUAGGAUUCUCACCAUCUGGGUGUGUAUUCAACUCCUUCCUUCCUGGAAAUGACGAAAUCUUUACUGGGUUGAUUAAAGUAUCGAAGAAUGCAUUGAAAGUAGCUAACUCAAUUGGAGAUGACACUUCGUCUAAAUUUAGGAAAUCACGAAUCUUGUCAAUGUAUCAGUCUAUCAUUAUACUCCGAAGUUAUUUUCUUGAAGAAGAAUUAAAAGAGCACUUCCAAGAUAUGGAUUUAGAGAUGACUAGUUCCUUCCUUGCUCAAUUACAGUCCAUUGUUCAAAAAAAACGGCCUCGGCAUAAAAAUAGUAACGUUGAGUUCGAUGAGUUUCUAUUCUGGCUCAGCGACACUGGAAAUGGCAAUGAAGUGUACAAGAAAUUGGCUGUAUUCUGCUACAAGAGUUACUAUGGAGAUAGACCUCGGUUUUGGUCACAUUCAGUGGCUUCAAUUUAUAAGGCACUUAUUGAUGCUUUGUCCGAUAGUCGUCCAUUUGUAGUAAAUUUAACCGAUACACAAUCACUGGCUGACGAAUCCCGUUAA